CUCAGUUUAAAUAGGAGAACAGAACACCCGAGUCCUGUGUUCCCCUUCCAAUUUCUCUUUCGGAUGGGCUGUACUGGGUCUCAUUAAUAGAGCGGUUUUUCAAAGCUCUUCCGGCAACGACAAUCGAGAGCGCGGGUUCUCGCGAGAUCGCCGCCGGAAGUGGGUGGCUGCGGAGGCUCAGAGACUCUUCUCCCCGGAAGCCGUUCGUUUCUUCGGAGCUGCUGCAGCGGUCCGCCCCGUGGCGCUCUACCCAGAGAAAGAGCUCACCGGACGCGGCCCUUCCCAGCGCCGAGCUCGCCCCUUCGGCUUCCCCAGCUGUACAAAGGCGCGGCCCAGCCGACAGAGCCGCCGAAAUCCCCGGCUCCUCCCUCCCUCCGUCUGCGCUGCAGUUAGGCCGCGCCCAGAGGCCCAGUCCGCGGCAGCUCCGGCGUGUAAUGCCAAAUACAGCCAUGAAGAAAAAGGUGCUGUUAAUGGGGAAGAGCGGGUCGGGGAAGACCAGCAUGAGAUCGAUUAUCUUUGCCAAUUACAUCGCUCGCGACACCCGGCGCCUGGGUGCCACCAUUGAUGUGGAGCACUCCCACGUCCGAUUCCUGGGCAACCUAGUGCUGAAUCUGUGGGACUGUGGCGGUCAGGACACCUUCAUGGAAAAUUACUUUACCAGCCAGCGAGACAACAUCUUCCGUAAUGUCGAGGUUCUGAUUUAUGUGUUCGACGUGGAGAGCCGCGAACUGGAAAAGGACAUGCAUUAUUACCAGUCGUGUCUGGAGGCCAUCCUCCAGAACUCUCCUGAUGCCAAAAUCUUCUGCCUGGUGCACAAGAUGGAUCUGGUUCAGGAAGAUCAGCGUGACCUGAUUUUUAAAGAGCGAGAGGAAGACCUGAGGCGUUUGUCUCGCCCGCUGGAGUGUGCUUGUUUUCGAACAUCCAUCUGGGAUGAAACGCUCUACAAAGCCUGGUCCAGUAUUGUCUAUCAGCUGAUUCCCAAUGUCCAGCAGCUGGAGAUGAAUCUCAGGAAUUUUGCCCAGAUUAUUGAGGCCGAUGAAGUUCUGCUGUUCGAGAGAGCCACGUUCUUGGUCAUCUCCCAUUACCAGUGCAAAGAGCAGCGUGAUGUCCACCGAUUCGAGAAGAUCAGCAACAUUAUUAAGCAGUUCAAGCUGAGCUGCAGUAAAUUGGCCGCUUCUUUCCAGAGCAUGGAAGUUAGGAAUUCUAACUUCGCUGCUUUCAUCGACAUCUUCACAUCAAACACGUACGUGAUGGUGGUUAUGUCGGAUCCGUCGAUCCCUUCUGCGGCUACUCUGAUCAACAUUCGCAAUGCCAGGAAACACUUUGAGAAGCUGGAGAGAGUGGAUGGUCCCAAGCACAGCCUCCUUAUGCGUUGAAUAUUGCCAAAAUGCGCUCUCAGAAAAUGCUCAAUUGCCUUUCUUUUUUUUUUUAAAUAUUCAUAAUGUCGUGUGCUUAUAAGUGGGCUUUGAAAUGUGUGCUGCUUAUCAUUUCCAUCUCUUUCUUCCCUUCUCCCCAGUCUUUUGGACGCUAUUUACUCAGUUAUCCAGUAGAGCUUUAAGAUGGCCUUUCUGAAAAGUUGGUAUGGGGUAACACUAAAGUAGGUGGUGGUGUAUGUGUGUAUGUGUGUUCUGAUUACCUGGUUAUAGUAGAUAUACACAUCAAAGCCUUUACAAUAUCUUCUGUAUUCCUUACAAGGUUGCAAAGAUGGAAUGUUAUUUUAUCAGCAAGGUAUUAAAAUGCAUUUAUAAAUUCUUCCUGGCUUCAAUCGUGAAUAAACAUUUGCUGUUAGCAGUUUAAAA